ACCACAUACUGACGUAUACGGGGAAAUCCUUCUAUUUACUUUGGCCAGCCGCCAAGAGGCACCGGGACAUUGAUCCAUCGAUGGGUUCCUUAUUCUCUUCCACUGCCGGCGGCGACGGCGGCGCCGCUGCCUUUGAUUACGCCAACCCUCCCCCAGGCAGCCGUAUGUCAAAAGAAGAUAUCGUCGCCUUCCGAAUUUCUCAGCUUGUCGACGUCGCCCUUGAACAUUACAACUCCAACAACCCGGGUGCCGAGUUCGAGUAUCCUGAGUAUCCUCCCACCACGGAGAUGAACGCCGUCUGCGUCGGUUUUAGGGGAACUUUCUGGUACCACCUCGGCUUUUCGGCUCGCCCAGUGGAUGCCACCGCCGAGACGCAACACUUCUUUGCCGAGCUAUAUUUUGAUAGACGCUGGUGCCAAAUAGCCGUUGAAACAUGCACUAUCUUAGAAAAGCCGUUGUGCCGCUUUAGAGCCUCGUGUGCAUUUUGUCCAGAUGAAUCCAAUAUCUUGCACCCAAGCAGUGCAGAUUUUUUCUGUGGAAAACAAGAUCACGAAAAAGAAUUCUUUCACAAGAGAGAUAUGCUAGUGCGGCCAUUCAAUUCUUUUAUGACACCUCCUGAUAUAGAUAGCACCGACGAUCCAUGACUCAACACAUAUGUUAUGGCCCAUGGAUUAUAGUUGUAAAAUAAGUAUUGUUUUCUUCUUGACUCAACUCAUAUGUUAUGGCCUAUGGAUUACAGUUAUAAAAUGAGUAUGUUUUUCUA